CUCGAGCCAGGAUAGCUGCCGCCGAGCGCUGCACUGCCCGGUCCGGCAUUCGUUUGAUAGGUAUUUUGCAAGCUGACUCUGGUACACAAAGCUUGUGCAUCGCUGCUGCUGCGCAAACACUCAUAUCCAAAAUCCAAACCCAUGCAUAAGGCGCCGCUCGCACUGCUGGCCAUCUGUGCGCAGACAACAGCUCUCAAGCUCGUCUUCGCCGGCGGCACGGGCGGCCUCGGCUCCGCGCUGGCGGAGCGCUGCGCCAAACAGGGGCACAGCGUGACGAUCCUGUGCCGGAACGCCUACCUCGCGGUGUCGCCUAGUCGCGUGUCCGAGGACUUUGGCUGGGUCGGCGAGCGGCGCGUUCAGGAGUGGGACGCCCAGGGCUUCGGCAAGAAGAUCACUUUUAGGGAUUGGACGGGCGGCGAUGAGUUGGAUAGCGUCUCGGACCGGUGGGUCGGCUGGGAGGACUCCUUGAAAAACGUGGAUGCUGUGGUCUUCACGGUCGGCGACCUGGGCAAGCGCGGGCGGACGCGGCCCGUCGACGCCAUCGCGCGCGCCGCCCGCGAGGCCGGGGAGGCGAUGCCGCGGCGGUUUGUGCAUUUGGCGCCCGUCGAUGACUUGGUGAAGCGGACGGGCGCCUUCGCCGACAAGCGCAUCGAGACGCUGCGCGACACCGAGCGGAGCUGGAAGCAGACGUUUGGGGGGUUGGGCCGGUGCCUCCGGGCCGGGACGGUCCUCGGCCUGCCGAAGUUCGCGGAUUCGCGGCUCUUCCCCGCGCCCAAGGACCUGCGGCGCGUCGGUACCUGGGUGCACCUCGACGACCUGACGGACGCCGUGCUCGGGGCCUGCUUCGACGCCGAGGCGUCGUCGGACCCCGUGCUCGUGGAGCCGUCGUCCGUGAGGACGAUCGAGGCGGCGAAGGCGCGGCCCGCUAGGAGUAACUACUAUCUUUAA